UUCUUUAAGGGCCAUGGGAAGAAGCAGAGGGCCAAGGGUUGGGCUAAGGGAUGCAGUGUGAUAACCGUUUAGAUCGAAGAGACUUAUAGACGGUCCCUUUCAAGUCAGAAGAAAGCUUUUCUGGGUUCAGAGAUUCGGAUAUAUUGAAGAAGGUGUUGGAUUUGUCUAUUCCAAGAGCAAGAGCUAUGCUAAAGAUCCAAAAGUGAUCCCAUUAGGUGGCAAAGUUUUGAAGAAAGGCAAGAGGAAAUCUGGAGCCGACUUCCUAGCCAUCUGCUCAGCAGCAAAUCCUGACGAUAUUGAAGUCAAGAUCUGAUUUGAUACUACCAGAGAACUUGACCAAUGGGCAAAAGCCAUAGCAUAUGAAAUGAGAAGAGGAGAUGCGGGAAAUUUGCCUGGGCAAACUUUCUCUCCAUCCAAGCCUCAGGCAUUGCAAUCACAAUUGCCUCCUCCUGGAUCAAGUGCUCCUACGGCAAAUAGUUCCAGAGGAGGAGUUCCAGUAAACGGAUCUAAUGAUAGAGGAGAAUCCAGUAAAUCUGGUGGUAUACCUGGAUAUGUGAGCAAGUUUACUCCUCAUCUCGAUGCUUCAGAUAAAGCUCUAAUUGAAACUGCUCAAGAUACUUAUGCAAACAGAACAGAUUGGAAUCUGACUUUCUCUUCAGAAUCUUCUUUAUUUUAUUCUUCCAAAACUGUAAGACAGCUGGCAGAAGACCAUAAGAAGAAGUUAGGGGUAGCAGAAGAAGAGGACGAAGACAGUAAAGAACAUCCGCUGAUGAAGCUCCUAUUUCCAGGAGCUUUAGCUACAGUAGCAGGGGCAUACUUUUUAUCCUUUAUUCUUCCAGGAUUUUUGAACUUCUUCCUCUCUCUUAUCGCUGUAGGAGCAGCUGGAUUCCACCUUUUCAGGGAAAAGAAGAAAUUUGAUGAAGAGAAUGAAGAAUCUGGACAAAUUGGCUUCAAACCUUAUAAGAUAAAACUUAUUUCCUACGUUGUCGGACUUCCCGACGACGUUGCAAAGGCCUUCACCUCUGAAGAUUCCAGAAAGAAAUGGGAUAUCAUUAGUAAUCUUCUUAACGAGAAGUCUGAAUUUACUUAUUUGUUUAAGAAGAACGCCUUGACCUUUUAUAUCCUUGACAAAAGAAUGUCGAGGUCAAGGAACCCUAGAGAGACUUUGAUCGAAAUGACUAAAAUUAAAGGAAAACCAUAUUUCUUAAAAUUAGUGGCUUAUUCGACUGUCACUGCUGAGAUGAGCGAGAAGGUAGGAGAAGAGGCUAUCAAAAACAGCUAUAAUUCACUCAGAAAUUUCGUCACCAUUGAGGAUUCUGUUAGUGAGCUGAACGUGAGCUUCUCAAAUCUUAAAACUGAAGGCUCUACUCUAUCUGGCACCCCAACCUUAACUAUUACGGACAUGAUUGGAGAGAUUGAAGAGAUAGAUAUGGGAGACGAUGGAGCCACUGAGGUUGAUGAAGAAGAGGGCAAAGAGAGAAUGAGUAUCAUUGAAGAAGUCAAAGUCGCAGGAGCUAAUUCCACAGGUACAGCUCCUUCUCCAUCCAAAGAGCUCACUUUUGAUGAGAAGUUCGAACUCGAUGUCCAAAAAGCUCCAGCCCACGAGCAGGAUAUUAUCAGGACUGCUAAAGAAAGUGUAGAUAUUCUUCUUAAACUUGCUGAUCAUCCUGAUUGGAAGCAGAUAAAAACAAAGCCUAACAAUGUCUUCUCGAUGGAUGCUGAAGGAGGUCUUAAAUGAAUCAAGGGAGAAGGCAUUAUCAACUACACUCCAGAGGAAAUAUCCGAAUAUCUUGGAAGAGACAAUGUCCAGAAGCAGUAUGAUGACCAAUUUGUAGAGGGUGGCACAGUUGAAGAAUACUCACUAGAUACCUCAGUGGUGUUCAACAGAUUUAAAGGAGUUAUGUUUGUCUCAGGAAGAGAUUUCUGCAUGCUUGCGAUAACUGUAAAGUUCCCAGACGGAAGGAUUAUUAUUAGCUCAAGAUCUACUGUCCAUGACGGAUGUCCUCCUCAUAAGAAAUAUGUAAGAGCUGAGCUUAAAAUUGGAGGAUGGGUUCUUAUCCCAAACAAAGAUGCUCCAGGAACAACCUUCGCUCAGUAUAUUUCUCAAAGUGACCUGAAGGGUAAGAUUCCUAAAUCUGUUGUGAACUCAGUGUCAGAGAAGCAAGGUGUAAACGUAUCUAAAAUCGAAGAGGCCAUGAAGAAAAAUUUUUAGGUGACGAACACAAUUAA